AUGCUGCUGGACCUGAGCGGGGGUCUCGGCCCUUGGGAAGCCCGAAGCCGUGGUGCAUUUAAAAACCUACAUGAAACCCAAACCGAACAAGUCACAUCCUGGUUUGCGCUCGACACUGAGUUGUGCAAUCCAGGCAGUAAUCGAGGUGCUGUUCUCCAUUCUGCACAAUGGCUGGGCUUCAACUCCCCCCCCCAACUUCCUGCAGGAUUUUGGGCAGAGAGGACUCCGGUUCACGAAGCUGCCCGAAGCGGGGAGAUCCACCAGCUCCAGGAGCUUAUCAGGAACGGCGCCUGCGUCAACCUGGUCACUUAUGACUCCAUCACGCCCCUGCACGAAGCCAGCCUGGGUGGCCAGACGCGGUGUGUGGAGAUCCUCCUGGCCGCUGGAGCCCAGGUGGAUGCCAGAAACAUUGACGGGAGCACCCCUCUCUGCGAUGCCUGCGCCUCCGGGAGCAUCGACUGCGUGAAAGUCCUCCUGUCCCACGGAGCCAAGGUCAACCCGCCUUUGUACACGGCCUCUCCCCUCCAUGAGGCCUGCUUAAAUGGCAGCGCCGAGUGUGUCCGUCUUCUGAUCAAGGUUGGUGCGAACCUAGAGGCCCAUGACUGCCACUUUGGAACUCCUUUGCACGUUGCAUGUGCACGAGAACACCUGGAUUGCGUGAAGUUAUUGCUGAAUGCAGGAGCCAACGUGAAUGCGGCGAAACUUCACGAGACGGCCCUCCAUCACGCCGCCAAAGUGCGAAAUGCCGACCUGGUGGAGAUGCUGAUUGAAUUUGGAGGAAAUGUUUACGCCCGGGAUAACCAGGGGAAGAAGCCCUCUGAUUACAGCCGGAAGAACAGCUUAACAGCUGAGUGCUUUGCGUAUUAUGAAAGAACUCCGCUGCGGUUAUCUCAACUUUGCCGUCUCAGCCUGCGCCAAGCCCUCGGCCCAAAAGCCCUGGAGAAAAUUGCCCACCUCCACAUCCCUGCGAGAUUAAUUGAAUUCCUCUCCUACAACCAAUGAGCAGCCUACGGCACCAUCCCGGGAGUGGGGGGUACCCAGCAGACUCCACCCGACAAAGUUCAGCUUGCGCUCUUCUCAGGCAAUUGUCCAUUCAAAUCGACAGUGACUUUUUCCCUUAGCAAAUGGGAAUACGAAUCAUAAAAUUGUGGUUUGAAGCUGGAUACCUGAUGUUCUCCUCGUCAGCUUGGCUCCUGCAACGCGAGUGUUUUGAGCAGGCGAAAUGCUCCACCACCACCUUGGAGGCUGUGAUGAUCACCCCCAUUUUGGGGGCGUAGAAGAAGAACUACAACUUACGCCGAGCCUGAUGGGACCUUGGCAGCGCCGUUUUGUGGCUUUGUCUCUUAAUGGCCUCCAAGAUGCUCCUUGGAUGGAUGACAAUAUUUUACUACAAGGGACUUUCCUGAUGCUGGAGAUGGCUUCCAGUUUGUGUACCUCUCAGUGUUUUGACCAUAGGGCAAAUGGUGAGAGAGGUGGGGAGAAGGGUCUUGCCGAGCUGUGUUUGUGUCUCAUCUGGCCUCUUGUUAGUUAAGGGUGUGAUCAACAAAGUCAAAACCCAAAGUCAAGAUGGUGCCCAAAUGAUGCAAUCGAAACUUCACCUGGUUUUUAUGUACAUCACAUGCCUGACAUGUUUAAAAAAAUAGGAGUACAAGCAGUCCUUGUUUAGCAAUCGCAAUUGGGACCGGCCACUUGGUCAUUAAGCAAAGCAGUCGCUAAUUGAACCAAAACUGCUUAUGAAUUUCUUUCAGCUUUCCUUUGCUUUACAGCAGUGUUUCUCAAUC